AUGACUCGUGAACAGAUGGAAAACUUUGGUCGCAAAGACGGCCGUGGACAAAUGAAGAAGGCAGAACCAACGAUAGUCAAAUUAAUGUUGACUCUUGAAGAACUGUACAAUGGAUGCAUUAAAAAGAUGACAGUAAAAUACACGGCAUUUGACAAGGACUGCCAAACAACUGAGAUUAAAGAAAAGACUUUAACCAUGGUUAUCCGUGCUGGAUUUCGUGAAGGAGCUUCUCUCAUUUUCAAGGAAGAAGGCAAUCAGGGUCCCAACGUCAUUCCUGGUGACGUGAUUUUUGUCGUGACUGCACUGGAGCAUCCAUUCUUCCGUCGGGAGGGAAUUAAUCUUCACCACACGGAGAAAAUUCAUGUAGGCCAAGCACUUCUUGGCUGUGUGGUCGAGAUUCCAACUCUGGAUAAACGAGUUCUUCACGUUGCGAUCACAAAUAUAAUCAAACCUGACUACGUGAAGGUAGUCCGAGGUGAAGGAAUGCCGGAUUCGUGCAAUCCGAAGGAGAAAGGCGACCUCUACAUUGACUUUGACAUCAUCUACCCGGAUAAACUGACAAGGAAGGAGCGAAUCGACCUGGAGGCUGCUCUCUUCCGCGAAGGAGAGCCCCUGCAAAUCCUAACUUGA